AUGGUAAUGGGUAGAGAAAUUCGACAACCCUCCGAUGUCAUGUUUCGCCACGUCAAGGACACGCACGAAUCCGACUUAAACCCAUCCGAUUAUGUGAAUGGCGUUCGGGAACGGAUGCACAAAGCGCACGAAGUAGCACGAAAGCACCUUGAGGCUGCUGCGAGGCGAAGCAAGGACGUUUAUGAUGCGCGGUUGUCAUUCCACCACUAUGAAGUGGGCGAUGCGGUGUGGUUGCUACAUGAAACCAGAAGGGUCGGCGUUAGUGCCAAGCUUGAGAAAGCCUAUGAUGGCCCGUUCGUCGUUAAGGCUAAAGUGUCGGCAGUUAACUUCGUUAUUCAAAUGGAUAGUAGGGGUUCAGACAAACUCAUACACCACAAUAAACUGAAGCCUUACAGGGGAUCGAAUCUGUCAAAGUGGAUCGUGACAGUUAAGAAUAAGACGUAA